UCCAAUGUAAUAAUUUUGUAGAAGCUUACGUCUUUUUGGGAGUGUACGAGGUUGGUUGGACUUAUAAUUUACACAUUUUACAUCGAUAAUUUAAAGUGUCUUGGAACUUAAUAUACUUAUACUUACUUAAAGUUUAGCAUGGGGCGUUACAGUGACAGUGAAGAUGAGGAGGAUGGAGCUAGAGUAUAUGUUGGGGACUUGGGUCUGGAUGUGUCUAGCAGAGAGCUAGAAAAAGCUUUUGACAGAUUUGGGCAUAUCAGUGAGGUUUGGGUUGCCCGAAAUCCUCCAUGUUUUGCAUUUGUUGUCUUUGAUAAGAAACGUGAUGCAGAGGAUGCGAUUAAGGAAAUGAAUGGCAGAACCGUACGUGGUAAUCGUAUUUCUUGCUCACUGGCCAGACCUCGUACUCGUGGAAGAUUUAGACGUGGUUAUGACCCAAGUAUGAGAUGCUACCAGUGUGGUGACCGUGGCCACUUUGCUCGUGAUUGUUACAUGUUCACCCGGGGCUACCGACGAUACAGCAGUUCUCGUUCCCGGUCAAGAUCUCCCAGAAGACGAUCACGGAGCCGAAGCCCAGGACAAAGACGGCACAGUAAAAGAAGUCGAAGCCGUUCCCCGCAUAGGUCUUAUACAAGGGGUCAUAGAAGGUCUCGCUCACCAAGACGAAAUAGAUCAAGAAGUCCUAAACGUGCCCGGUCUAGAAGCCCUAGAAAAGACAGAUCUAGGAGCAAAGACCGAAAAGAAAGAUCACGCUCAAAAUCAAAGGAAAAGCGUAGGUCUAGGAGCAAGGAAAGAAGACGCACCCAUUCCCAGAGUGGGAGAGACCGUUCCCGAUCAAAAAGCAAACAAAGAGAUCAUUCCCGAUCAAAGAGUAAAGAAAGAGAAAGAUUCAGAUCAGCAAGCAAAGAAAGGGAGCGUUCCCGAAGUAAGGAGAGGGACCACUCAAGUUCUAAAGGGAAAAGAAGGGAUCGCUCUGGAUCAAACAGGGAAAGUAGAAACCGCUCUCGUUCUGGAAGCAAAGGUAGGGAUCGAUCAGGUCCUAGAAGCGAAGAAAAGGCUCGUUCCCGAUCAAGAAGUAAAGAUCGAUCAUCCCCAAGAAAUGAGGUAAAGGGUCGCUCAAGGUCAAAAUCACCACAUUCCGUUAAUGGCGGCUCACCCAGGAGGUCUCGCUCCAAAAGUAUAGAGAAAAUGUCAGGCAGCCCUUCAAGAUCACAAUCAAAAAGCCCCUCCAAGCCAUACUCCAGCAGCAGUCCUUCAAGGCAACAAUCAAGAAGCCCCAGUGCGUCACCGGCACCCAAACGGGAAAGGUCAGAUUCGAGGAGUGAUGGAAGUUCAAGAGGUCAAAGUCACUCAGGAUCUGAAAGUGAUGGUGAUUAGAUGUUAAGUGCAGUACAGGCUUUAGAUUUUAUAGUAUAAUGGGAUGAAAUUGGUGGGUUGAAUUGCAUAUGAUAUCCAGACACAUACUGUACUUGUAUAAAAAUUAUAAUUCUACAGAAAGUGAAAACGUUGACAGAUGCACUGAAAUUGUUUCCUUGUGGUAAUAUGCAUUCUUGUUAGCAUUAGUCUUAUUGAAAGUGAUGUUAACUUGUGCAUUAAUGUCAGAUCAUGUAUGGUAAGUGUUUUCUUUAAUGUUUAAUCAGUUUUUCAAUUGAUAUACUUUUUAGAUGUUUUAGUAAUUAAGAGUGUAAACAAAUUUUGACUUUAGAUAAUUAAGAUUUUUUUUUGUCUUGUAAACUUUUUUUUUUAUAUAGUGAGACAAUAGGACACUGAUAAUUUUGAAACUUGAAUUUGAUUGUUUUUUAACCAACUUAACCCUAGUCAAAUGGUAUUACCAUUUUGGUUGAAUUAUUACUAUGUAUUGUGUCAAACAGAGUGCAGGUUUUAACUUGUUCAUGAUCCAACAUGAACUAGCACAACAUCCUAAAUAAAAUUAGAACACGACAAGCCAGGCAGGCCAUGCUUAGUUCUGUUAAUUGGUAAAAUUGUGUUUCUGUCGACUAAAAAUUUAAAUAGACCAUGUGUUGACUAGAGUAAAAAUUACAUCAGAAUAAUUUAUUUUCCCUUUUGAAAAUUAUUGUUACCCAUAAUUGAAAUUUCUGCUAAGCCUGACCCUUGAAUAAUGUGGCAACAGUCCCAUAAAACUAAGCUAAAACAAUGUUGUGAACUUAUUCUUCAGUGGGACAUGCACACAUAUUACUGGCAUUGCCUAUUGGUUGUUUGUUCAGUGAUACUAUUGAAUGGUCCGUUGCUUUAAACAUCCACGUUAAGAACAUAUAAUAUCCUGUGGAAACAAUGUUUUAAUCUAAUAAAGUAUUGAUUUUUACUAAUUGAUUGUUUGGCAGCAAUAAAGUGUUUAUGCAUGACAUAAUUAUGUAUACACAUGUGUAGGUACAGUAUGCGGUUCUAAUUCCAUCACCAUUGAGAACAUAAGAUUUCAUAGAUGCAUAAUAUUACAUGUCAUCGUUUAAUGCCCUAACUUGAGUUCAAUAAUAUUUCUACAUUUACCUUGUAGGUCACAACAUUGUAAAAAGACAGUCAUUAUUCAAUCAAUUUUGCCUUGCAAUCAUAAAAUAUAUUUUUUUGCAUUUAAAUCUUGAAUUGUCUACAUUAACUAUUUAGUGAUUGUUGGAUUAAUUAGUUAUAUAUGCUGCAUGUAUUACAGUUCUAAUGCAUAUACAUUUACACAUAAACUAUAGAACUUUAAUGUUUAUAUUCUGUAGUACUGUACAUGCUAUAUUCAUUGAUGUUAGCAUAAAUUUUAAAUUUCAGCAAAUAUUGAAUUAAGUGGGUUAUUUUCACUUGUACAGAGUAUGCGCUUGUUCUUGUUAAUUGUUUUUCUGGAUUUUAUUCACAUACAAAGGAUAAUAAAUCGUCAGGUGAAAGUUAA